UUCUUCUUCUUCUUCUUCGUCUACUCGUUGCACACUUCAUUUUUCUAUGACGCUCGCAUUGUCGAGGUUUGAGCAGGAGGACAUUGCAGCAGGCGUUGCAGCCAACCUGCGCUCGGACGGCCGCCUGCGCACCGACUACCGCCCGUUCACCGUCGAGAGCGGCAUCGUGUCCAACACAAGCGGCUCUGCUCGCGUCCGACUGGGAUUGACGGACGUGCUGGUCGGCGUCAAGGCAGAGAUUGGCGAGCCAGACCAAGCAAAGCCAACGCAAGGCCGCUUUGAAGUGACGGUCGACUUCUCGUCGACAUCAGCGUCGGCUGCGGCGUUCGACGACGACAACACAGAGACAGAGCUGGCUUCUGCCAUUGCACGGACACUCAAGGGCGUGGAUCUCUCUGCGUUGUGCAUUGUUCCAGGAGAGCAAUGCUGGGUGAUUUAUAUUGAUGCCUUGAUCCUUGUCGCGGCUGGUAAUGCAUAUGAUGUGUUGUCACUCGCUGUGAGGGCUGCUUUGGCAAACACACGGAUACCAAAGGUGGAGGUUUCGGACGAUGGCCAUGGGCGAGUCGAGCUCGAGGUCUCCGAUGAUCCUCAUCAUGUCACCGAGUUGGACAUUCGUGCCGUCCCCGUAAUUGUCACACUUUCCAAGAUUGGCGCAUUCCAUAUCGUGGAUGCAACCAUCGAGGAAGAGAGCUGCGCAAAAUCGCGUGUUCAUGUUGCCGUCGAUAGCAAGGGCGCCUUCUGCAUGGUCACCAAGGCCUCAGCAGGAGGCAUUGAGCCCCAGCUUCUCUUUGAUGCUCUUGAGUCCGCCAAGCAGGUCGGUCAGCACUUGUUAUCACAGCUUGAAGCAACUCUCAAGCAAGAGGAGCGGGCGCUGGCAAUGUUCCCCAACUCGCAGCGCGGAUUUUUGACGGAUUUGCAGAGUGCCACCUAAAUCAACCCGCUCAUUAGAUUUACUUAAUUGUGUUCUCGUUGAUACAUCCACAGUGCGACGAUUCAUAAAGUAGUUUUGAAUUGAUGUACAUGUGCCGCACAGGGGUGCCAAACGAUCAAACAGU